GUCUCGAAUACAAUUGCGUCGGGCUACUUGAGCUGCUGUACUUAUAGCAGACUUGGUUCCUUUUAGUCUCAGUCUCGUACUCUCGCCACCUCUCCACCCCCCGCAUUCUGGUCAGCAAUUGGACGCGGAGCACCAUGGCCGCCUCGCGCCGAACACUGGCACGCCUCUCGACACUGACAGCUCGGUCAUCGCUCGUCCGCGCCGCUCCCUUGUGCAGCAGAAUGUCGUCGCCCAUGCAGCACAACAAGGUGGCUGCUCGCCGGCUGCAUGCCACGGCGCAACAGCUCAAGCCGCCGUCUGCCGCGGCCGAGUCGUAUCCCAUGAGCCACGAGCCCAUCCAGUCGCCGGCGGAUACACCCAACUUUGUGGACAACCAGUUUGUGGCGUCCAAGGCAACACAAUGGAUUGAGCUGCACGAUCCAGCGACCAACAACCUGGUGACACGAGUGCCGCAGAGUACCGACGAGGAGCUCAAGGCGGCCGUGGACAGCGCCGAGAAGGCCUUCAAGCCGUGGAAAGAGACGAGCUUGCUAGCCAGGCAGCAGAUCCUGUUCCGCUACACACACCUGAUCCGCGAGAACUGGGACCGGCUGGCGGCCAGCAUCACGCUCGAGCAGGGCAAGACGUUUGCCGACGCCCGCGGCGAUGUGCUGCGUGGCCUGCAGGUGGCCGAGACGGCGUGCGGUAUCACGACGCAGAUGACGGGCGAGGUGCUCGAGGUUGCCAAGGACAUGGAGACACGCAGCUACAGGGAGCCAUUGGGUGUUGUGGCUGCCAUUUGCCCUUUUAACUUCCCCGCCAUGAUUCCUCUAUGGACCAUUCCCAUUGCCACGGUGGUCGGUAACACCUGUGUCAUCAAGCCGUCGGAGCGCGACCCCGGUGCGUGCAUGAUUCUGGCCGAGCUUGCAGAGAAGGCUGGGUUCCCACCGGGCGUCAUCAACAUUGUACACGGAGCGGCCAAGACGGUCGACUUUAUCAUUGACGAGCCGCGCAUCAAGGCCAUCAGCUUUGUGGGCAGCAACAAGGCUGGCGAGUACAUUUACUCACGGGCAUCUGCGCAGGGCAAGCGAGUGCAGGCCAACUUGGGAGCCAAGAACCACGCGGCUGUGCUGCCCGACUGCAACAAGAACCACGCGCUCAAUGCGAUUGCGGGCGCGGCUUUUGGCGCAGCUGGCCAGCGAUGCAUGGCGCUGAGCACGUUAGUCAUGAUUGGCGAGACCAAGGAGUGGGUACCCGAGAUUGCUGAGCGGGCAAAGGCGCUUUCGAUGAACGGAGGUUUCGAAGAGGGCGCCGACCUCGGCCCCGUCAUCAGCCCGGAGUCGAAGAAGAGAAUUGAGGAUUUGAUUGCGAGCGCCGAAGCUGAAGGUGCGACGAUUCUGCUCGACGGCCGGGGCCAAAAGCCUCGGUCUGACAAGUACGCCAAUGGCAACUGGGUUGGGCCUACGAUUAUUGCCAAUGUCAAACCUCACAUGAAGUGCUACACGGAGGAGAUUUUCGGGCCGGUGCUGGUGUGUCUGAAUGUCGAGACGAUUGACGAGGCCAUUGACAUGAUCAACGCAAACGAGUACGGAAACGGAACCGCCAUCUUCACACGCUCAGGGGCGACUGCCGGACGCUUCCAGCGUGAGAUUGAGGCGGGUCAAGUCGGUAUCAACGUGCCCAUCCCCGUGCCGCUUCCCAUGUUCUCCUUUACGGGCAACAAGAAGUCGGUUGCGGGCGGCGGAGCCAACACGUUCUACGGCAAGCCGGGGCUGCUGUUUUACACGCAGCAAAAGACGGUGACGAGUCUGUGGAGGAGCGAGGACGCGGUGGCGACUCGGGCGGCGGUCAACAUGCCUACGCAGAGCUAGAGAGCAUGGUGGACUGGCGGUGGCAGUGGCAGUGGCAGUGGCAGUGGUGGUGGUUAGAUUUGGUGGAUUUGGCGGUGUUUUGUGGUGAUGAAGAUGUGUCAUGUUAGCUCUAUCUAUGGUUUGUGUUCAGGGCCAUCAAAAAAAAAGGAACAUUUCAUUUGGCUGGACCGGAUAUAAUCAAAAGCGGAAAUUAAGUUUGAG